AUGCUUUCUCCAAUUACCUGCACUGGCAAACCUGCCGAAGGAGUUCGACUAAGUCUAAAAGGAGACAUGUAUUUGCUGCUCACCAGUCGAAUUGGCUGGAAACGCGGUCACCCUCGAAGGACAGAUGAGGACGCAGAGAACCAUGACUGCAGACAAGAGGCUGACGACAGCUGGAAGACCGCGCAUCAUUUGCGACAGUGA